AAGUAAUUGAAAUUUUGAAUUGGGUUGAUUUGAAAAAGUACCAAAAUAUUCCCAAUUUUGACAAGGAAUCUUAGUAUUUAUUUCUUACAAAAUGUGUGCUCAUGAAUCGAAGAAAACAUGCCGAGUAUCGGAUCGAUUCUAGACAAUGAUGAUGAUUCAAUAUCUUAAAUCUAGCCUAAUUCUAUUAGGUGAAUCAAUCGCGUAUUAACAUAUAGUUUUCCCGAAUUGAUAACUGUGGAUAAUUGUAGUACAGCAAUAAGUGCAGCUGGAACAACAAGUUCCUGCUUCAGUGUGAAAAAUUGUGUUUUUGUGAGAAAAUUUGUUGGAGUGAUUAUGAAACCAUCUUCAAUCAGUUGGGUGUUUCAUUCAUAAAAAUGGAAAUGGAUACCAGCGGCAUGAAGCAAAUCCACGUGAAUCCACAUAAGUGCUAAUCCAGGGUUCAUUUACGUGCGACAGGAAUUUUUAUUUCCACCCAACAAUGGCUUGUCCUUUCGCGAGACCUGCGGAAGGUUUUCCCCGUCAGCCGUCGACGGAUGGACACGGCUGGAAUCUGGACGAGGAUCUGGGCGAAAUCCCAGAUGAUGCGCUCACGUUGACCCAUCUGAACGCAGCAAUCCAACUGUUAACAGCCCCAUCGAACGAGGAUGUGUACGAUGCGUUGAUGUCGUUGAUUGAGAAGUACAGCCACAGGUGGCCUGGGCUUGGAAAGCUGAAAUCGGACUGUAACUCAUUGUCUAUCUAUCCACAUUAUGAUUAUUUGGCGGAUGUUCAAGACAGCCUUAAUCAAAUUGAUGAAACCGCUUCCUGCGACAUCCUGGUGCUGCUCGGGGAAGAACUCAUCCACACAUCGUGCGUGGGUUUGAUCGAGCGCGCCUUCAAGUGUCUCGGUUCGAAUCUACAGGAAUUUCUAGGCUCCCUGGACGGCGUGUACGAUGUGCUGAAGCUCCAGGAGGAGGACAUCUCCGAUACCGGGUUCGUGUGCGCCAGCGAGGGCGAACUGAUCUUCACCUCGGAGCGUCCGGUGCUGGCGUGGCUGCUGCUGGGAUGUCUGCAAGCGUUGAGUCGGCUGCUCUUUCACUACAGCCCACAGAUUGAUAUGGAACCGAUUGACGGUGACGUUCCCCGGUAUCGCUAUCUGUUCAAGCUGGAUGACCUGAGGGAACAGCCUUCGCCGGUCGUGGCGAUCGAGAGCAACAAGCUGGUGGGGGUUCAGCGCGAAAGCGUCUCAGCGGAGACUAAAGAUCUGAAAAUGGAUAACGAUUUCUUCUGUAAAGCCUUCCCAUGGCACUUCAUCAUGGAUGAGCAUUUGAAUCUGGUUCAGGUUGGUCAAGGGUUUAGCCGAUUGUUUAAGAAUUACAUGGCUACAAGCGGUUUGUCAGCUUGUACGUACUUUCGAUUCAAGCGACCUCGUGGGCUUUCACUGAAGUUCAGAGAGAUUGUACGUCGUACCAAUACACCGUUUAUGAUCUCACUGCGUGCGCCCCCUGGUCGACCCGAUUUCUUCGCUAAGGGUCUGGAGAUCAAAGGACAGAUGGUGUUCUGUCCCGAAUCCAAUUCACUGUUGUUCAUGGGAUCGCCGUUCCUCGAUGGAUUGGAAGGACUUACCUGCAAUGGUCUGUUCAUUUCGGACAUUCCACUGCACGAUGCAACGCGGGAGGUGAUUCUGGUUGGUGAACAGGCUCGCGCUCAGGAUGGACUUCGUCGCCGCAUGGAUAAGCUGAAGAGUUCCAUAGAGGAAGCGAACUCAGCCGUGACCAAAGAAAGGAAGAAGAAUGUGAACCUGUUGCAGUUGAUGUUUCCGGCGGAGAUCGCUGAGAGACUCUGGCUUGGGGCCCAGAUUGAUGCGAAGACAUACCCCGAUGUGACCAUGCUGUUCAGCGAUAUUGUGGGAUUUACCAGCAUUUGCUCGACUGCUUCGCCGUUUAUGGUUGUCAACAUGUUGGAGUCUUUGUACAAGCAUUUCGAUGAGCUUUGUGGUUUCUUCGAUGUGUACAAGGUGGAGACCAUCGGAGAUGCGUACUGCGUUGCUAGUGGACUGCAUCGGGCGAGCAUCUACGAUGCUCAUAAGGUGGCUUGGAUGGCUCUGCGGAUGAUUGAAACAUGUUCGCUGUACAACACUCACGAUGGGCAGCACAUACGGAUGCGCGUUGGAAUCCACACCGGUACGGUGCUGGCCGGCGUCGUGGGACGCAAAAUGCCCCGCUAUUGCUUGUUCGGUCAUAACGUCACCAUUGCCAACAAGUUCGAGUCGGGAAGCGAAGCCUGCAAGGUCAACAUAAGUCCUACGACGAGAGAGUGGCUCAUUAAGCACCCGGGUUACGAGUUCCAGCUCAACCCGAGGGAUCCCUCGUUCAUGCCGAAAGAAUUCACAGACUCCAAGGGUAAAACUUGCUACUUUUUGGAAGGUUACAAACAUCCCACGCUGAGCGAGGAAGCAACGCUACAGGAGCAUAUCGAGGCCGCAAUGCAGCAAACCAAUGAGGAUACCAACGAAAGUGUGUUCGUUGAAGUGUCGCAAGCGAAUUAGAUUCGCUGCGGAGGGCGAUAGAGUUGAUGUUGCUGCAAGUAGGUUGAUGUUGAUGUUUCACAAUUCUUUAGAAAUACGUUCUCGAAAGGAAGCUCUGGUUUUGGUCGACUUUCAUAUUACGGUUAUGAAUUGUUGGAAAGGAACGUUUAUGUUGUGUAGAACGAAAAAACCUUUACGCGAUAUGUGUUUGAGAAUGUAGAACAAAUAUAUGUGUCAAAUGAAAUAUAGAGCUCCACAAAGUGUCCAAUAGGUGUUGCAAUGUAGUGAUCUCAAUGAGUAGAGGAAAUAAAAUGGAUUUUCGAAUUUCCGAG